GUACACCUUUAACAUAAAUAAAAAAGCAGUUGGAUAUUCUGGUCCAAUAAAGAAAACUACAUAUGCCUAUGUGAUUACAAUCCAUGGACAGACUGUAGAAGCAGGUACUGAUAAUGGGACCUGUUAUUCAAAAAUCUCAAUACCUAGGGUUAUCUGGAUAAGUGGACUUUCUGUAAUUUGAAACUCCAUACCUUAAGUCUAAAUGAAUUGCUAAUUAGCCAUACAGGCUGUGAAUUCAAUAUGUGGCUGGUAUUAAAGAGGUGAAGAGACAACACCCCAAAACAGAUAAAAAAUAAUACUUUAUUAUAUAAAUUAAAAAAAACAAUAUAAUAAUAUUUGUGCUGCAAUGCCUUUUUCGAAAUACAUUACUAGACAUAACAAGGAGAAUGUGAGUGUAGUUACUACACUUUAUCUUAUCCAAAAAGUCAGAAAAGCAAAGCAGUGCUGCACUUUUAAUAUAUGCUGCUACCCAGCAUUCCCUGCGCUAUCCCUCCUACAACGUGCUCCCUGUUAUUGCUUUUCCACCAAAGGAAAGUUGGCUGCACUGUGGCGCUGCUACCAGCAGAGGGAGCCUUCUCCCCUUCUAAGGGAACCCGUGAACGUGUGACUUCCGAACGUGCCAGGGAGUGGGAGUGAAGAUGGAUCGAUCCUGGAAGUAACUGCACUGCCUGUUACUCCCUCCCUCUCAGAGAUAGCGACGUGAGAGUGUCUGGCGCUCUGAGCACUGGAUCCUGCUCUCCUUCCUCUUGGCAUAGACACACAGGCAAGUGACAGCCUGCCCUUUACUUGGGAGAGACUUGAUCCCUUCCUGGAUUUUUGGGGGAAAUUGCCAGGGAUGUCUGGGCAGCCUGGCAUAGCACACUGGAUCUGUCCGUCUGUGUGUAUUGCACCCUGGGUCCCUUGCCCUGCUCUGCAUAAUCAUUACUGUGGAUUUUGCUAUUAUUAGAGCCUGGCACAGUGCAUUGGUCCCAUGCUGGCAGCUUUUGGGCUAUGCAUGUACUCAGCAAUAACUGUGUGCUGCCUGCCAGUCACUUUGCACCCCCUGAUUGCUCCACACUGUUGGCUCUAGCCCAUCAGCACUGGGACAGGCAUAUGGGCACUAGCCCUGGGCACGGAGGUGACAGCUCAGUGCCUGCUCCGACUCAGUAGCUCUGGAUUUGUGCAAAGCCCUGUCUGAUACCCCCUGGACAGCCAAGCCAGCACCUCUCUCCCUGUGAAUCUCAUUGCGCCCAUCACUGCUUCUUCUGCGACUGACUGCACCUUGCUCUCGCUCUCCACUGAAGAUGGGCAGCUGUCGGGAAAGUUACGGAACCAAGAUGAUGGGAUCAAGUGUAAAACCAGUGAUUUCCGCUUUUCAGCAAGUUGACCCACUAUUGGGUACCAGCUUGGACACUGUACGAUGCAUUCACUGUACGACGCUACAUCUUGAAAGAAAUCCUUGAACGUCUAUUUAAAAUGCCUUAGGUGAAUGACACAGCCCUGCCUCAUUCUAAACCAAAUGUUUUAACUAAAAAUGGAAACACUGGAGUCAGAACUGACCUGUCCAAUCUGCCUGGAGUUAUUUGAGGACCCGCUGCUUCUCCCUUGUGCCCAUAGCUUGUGCUUCAGCUGCGCCCAUCGUAUCCUCACUUCCGGAUGUGCUUCCAACGAAAUAGCUGAGCCAGUGCCAGCUUUUCAGUGUCCCACUUGCAGAUAUGUCAUAUCUUUAAAUCACCGCGGUCUGGAGGGUUUAAAGCGCAACGUUACCUUGCAGAACAUUAUUGAUCGCUUUCAGAAAGCUUCCUUAAGUGUUCCCAACUCUCCCAGUGAAGAUCACAGGGAAAAAAUCUAUAGGAGUGUCCCCAUUAUGGCCUCCGAAAGGAUUUCUUGCCAGUUCUGUGAGACCGAGCCGCCACGGGAUGCCGUGAAAACAUGUAUCACCUGUGAGGUGUCCUACUGUGAUCGCUGUCUGAGGGCCACUCACCCCAAUAAAAAGCCCUUCACUAGCCACAGACUGGUGGAACCAAUUCCAGACGGUCAUUUCCGUGGCCUGGCUUGUCUAGAGCACGAGAAUGAAAAAGUCAACAUGUACUGUACGACAGACGAUCAGCUCAUCUGUGCCUUAUGCAAACUGGUUGGUAGGCACAGGGAGCACCAGGUGGCUUCUUUAACUGACAGAUAUGAAAAACUCAAGCAAACUUUGGAAUCCAAUUUUUCCAUCUUGGUCAAGCACAGCAGUGAACUCGAAAGCCAGAUGACAAAACUUAUUCAGAUUUGCCAGCAGGUCGAGGUAAAUACCAGCAUGCAUGAAGCAAAACUGAAUGAAGAAUGUGAUGAGCUAAUGGAUAUCAUUCAGAGAAGAAAGCAAAUGAUAGCCGUGAAAAUCAAAGAGACAAAAGUCAUGAAGUUAAGAAAACUUGCUCAACAAAUUGCCAAUUGCCGUCAACGGCUGGAACGUUCAACAGUGUUAAUCAACCAAACAGACCAUAUACUCAAGGAGAGCGACCAUGCAAGGUUUCUGCAGGGAGCGAAAACUGUAGCAGAGAGAAUCUCCAUGACAACAACCUCCUCUCAAAUUCCAAUGCAUGAUGUCAACUUAAACGACGCCUUUGAGAAUUUUGCUUUGGAUUUCUCCAGAGAGAAGAAAUUGCUUGAAGGUCUUGACUAUGUAACUGCUCCCAACCCUCCAUCUAUCAGAGAGGAGCUGUGCACUGCAUCCCAUGACACCAUAACAGUCCACUGGAUGUCGGAUGAUGAAUUCAGUGUGGGCUCCUAUGAGCUUCAAUACACCAUUUAUACUGGACAAGCCAACUUCAUCAGUCUGUACAGUUCAAUGGACAGUUGGAUGAUUGUACCUAACAUCAAGCAGAACCAUUACACUGUACAUGGGCUCCAGAGCGGCACACGGUACAUUUUCCUGGUCAAAGCCAUUAACCAGGCUGGCAGCAGGCACAGUGAUCCUGCAAGACUGAAGACUAACAGCCAGCCCUUUAAGCUUGAUCCUAAAUAUGCUCACAAGAAGCUGAAAAUAUCCAAUGACGGAAUGCAGAUGGAAAAGGAGGAGAGUUCUCUGAAGAAGAGCCACACGCCUGAAAGGUUCAGCGGAACUGGUUGUUACGGAGCCACAGGGAACAUCUUCAUUGACAGCGGGUGCCACUACUGGGAGGUGGCUGUAGGAAAUUCCACUUGGUAUGCCAUAGGAAUCGCAUAUAAAUCCGCUCCAAGGAAUGAGUGGGUUGGGAAGAAUACCUCCUCAUGGGUCUUCUCUCGAUGCAACAAUAAUUUUCUUGUAAGACACAAUAACAAAGAAGCUCUUCUGGAUGUCAAUCCUCAGUUGAAACGCUUAGGUGUUCUCCUAGACUAUGACAAUAAUACAUUUUCCUUCUAUGAUCCAGCCAAUUCCCUCCACCUGCACACCUUCCAGAUCUCCUUUAUCCUCCCUGUAUGCCCAACCUUCACUAUAUGGAACAAGUCCAUGUUAAUACUCUCAGGACUCCCUGCUCCAGAUUUUAUGGACUCAUUUUUUUCUCAGCCGCAAGAAAGUAUAUCUAGACCACAGGAGUCUCCCUAUGUUUCUGGGCUUAAGGGUUGCCAGUAAACAGUGUUUUUUCAUCCUCAAGGAUCAAUUCCACAUGGCUUAUUCAGCAAAUGACUUGGAUGGGAAAUCUUUACACCAGAACAAAAAUCUGUAGGGUGUCAGUACAAAUACUUGUACAUUCUUCUGGACCAUUGAAGAUCAGCCAGUAGCUCUGUAUAUUUUCUUAAUAUAAAAUUACAAACAGAAAGCAAAAAAGAUACAAUAGAACUCUUCCAGGUACUAUGUAUAUUAUUUCUGUACAGGUUUAGACCAAUGCUUUAAGUACAGUUUGUGGUUUCAUUCCAUAGAGCAACUGAAGGUCUUUAUGAAUCACAUGUUGUUGGGCAUUUUAAAGGUGAAGCUAACCUUUACUAAAGCUUUACUGUGUUAGAGAGAGGCCUGUUCUAAGCAAGUUCUCAGUUGGUCUCCAUGUUUUCAUUUCUUCCCAACUGUUGCGUGGAUGUUGAGCAAAUAAUCUAUAGCAACCAGAUAGCUGUUAAAAACAGAUUCACAACAAAAAGUAGAUAGUUCCCAGAUAGAUAGAUAGAUAGAUAGAUAGAUAGAUAGAUAGAUAGAUAGAUAGAAGACCUAUUGCAGAUUGUCUUAGAUUAAAGUGUGUGUAUCAUACUAUAAGUUUAUUUUAAGGCAAACAACCCCUUUUGCAUUGCAGCUAAAGCUUUGUUGCUAAAUGCCAUAAUUUUUAGCCAACUUCCUAGUUCAUGCAAGGUCUUCCAACAUCCAAAGAUGUUCUAAGAUGUAGCCCAAGAUGUAUGAAAAUGUCACUGUGAAAUGUGUGCACCUACAGUAUGUCUUUCAGAGCUGACCUGAGCAUAAAUGCUUGAUUGGACCCAACCGCUGACUUUGGUUCCAAACUUGAGGUCGGCUCUCCUAUACGAGUAAACAUUUAAUGGCACCAUAUAAAUUGUAUGUUUAUGGACAGCACAUGAAAUUCUUUUUCUAUAAAAGAUCUUUAAUUAGACACACAUAAGCUCAGGCCAUGGAUUCUGGAUUUGGUGCAAUGAUUAAAAUAUAAUAUGGUGAACCUGCCUCAGUGGGUGGUUAGGAUGUCACAAGCCCAUCCAAAGAGUGAGUAAUGGUGAGGUCCAUGCUCAGUGCUUGCUAUUGUCCGGCACAAACAUAGGGACUCUGUAGGGCUUCCAUGAAAGUGUCUUCAAACAGACUUGCCUAUCUGACUGCAUGCAUAAAGGGACACUACAGGGCAAAGAUACUUUCAGACUCAGUGUAUGAGCUUCUUGUCUGCUCGCAGCAACCAUGGAGAGCAGUAUCUGCUAAUAAAUACAGGUAAUCCUAACUUAUCCCCAAAAAAGAAAAAAAAACGAACCCCUCAAUAGUAAAAGCAGAUACUAACAUACAGUAUCUAGAACAGGCAGGUCUGCUUUUAGAUCAGGGUGGUAGUGGUGAGAAUUAAUAUGGUGGCUCCAUCCAUUGCUGUUUUUUUCUAGCUAUGGAGGAGAGCCCAUUCCUUAUUGCACUGGAGUCUAAGGGCUUGUUAACAGGGCAAGGUUUCACAGUCUCAUCGUCGGCCGAUUCACGCAUGCACGCCUCCCCCCGAGGCAGCAUGGUCUUAUUGCCGGCCACUUAUCACACGCAACCUCCCGCAUGCUCUCAAGCAUCGGAGCACUGGGGUGCUUUGACCCCCCAGUGCUCCUUAGGAUGCGGCUCAACAGCAUGCUGCCCCUAAAAUUUUGCCUCCAUUGCCAAGGCCUUUGUGACCACUCCACAAAUCCGGGCCUGCUUGUUAAUAAGCAUUGGGAAAAAAACCCAUCAUUCUUUUUUUCUGAAACCAGCAGCAGUAUUCUAUUGCAGCCUAUGGAAAUGUACUACAAGUAGCAAAUCUGUUAAGUCAGGGUGGGCUCCAAAAUAUCUAAUAUUAAUUAAGGCAGUGCUUUAGUACUCUGUCAUAGUAAAAUGUGCAGUUCAGGUCCACGUCUAUUUCCAUAGCUGCAUAAGAAUGUGAUCAGUCUAUAAGUGGCCAAACAUAGUCCAGAUUUAUUACAGUGUUUUACACUCAGCAUACAAUAUCUCUGCUUCCAAAGCCAACCCACCUGGAGGAGAACAAACCAGGCACAUGUUACACAUACCUCACUUCAUGGCGUAGCAUCCAGCAAAGGCUUAACCUCUCAUAUCUGGGAAAAAUGUGCUUAACCCUAUCAGUAAAUUUCAGAGCACUUGCCUCCAUGUGAUACAUUCACCUUUAUGAUCUGUUUGGAUAGAUCAGACUGCACAACACAGAAUAUUUAAAGGCCAGAGAGAGAGAAUGCACGCUUUAAGUGUUGUUCUGCUAAAUUCUAAUUGUGUUGUUGUACCUCUUCAGCGAGAGUGGCGUGUGUUCCAUCUUCUGCUCACUUAAGAGAUAGGAAGCAUAGACUAGAGGCAUGACUGGGAAAUAAAUAGGCUUUCGGAGGAUAGAAUCCAAAACACUUUUUUUUUUAUAGAGUGGUCCCAGCAAAGCGCAUAGUUAUUAAUAUCAUGGCUUGGAAAUGAUCUGCAGUGGUCUAUUUUAAAUGACAGCUGGGUAACCAGGAGAGAUGGAGAUUUGCAAAAGACUCUUAAUUCAUAUGAAAUGUAGUAUUUCAGCAAAACAACGAGCACUCUAAUAUCAACCGGUAGUGAUGUGCGGGUCGGGAAAAACUCCACCCACACCUGACUUCCCCCUUCCAUUUAUAGACUCCCCGCCGAUGACUUCACAAAAAGGGAGGGGUAGGCGCAAGCCUAUAAAUCAGGAAGUGGGAAGCCGGCAGUCUAAGAACGUCCGCAGGAGGACCCACAAAAGGAGCAGCGAGGUCGCCCAAACCUGCCUGACCUGUGGGUAAACCCAUGGGUAUCGGGCUGGCAUGCACAUCACUACCAGCCAGUAACAGGAGUGCCAACAGUUAACCCUCCCAUAGUACUAAGCAAUUGGGUAGCUGAAUGUGGCUAAUGGGAGGUUGAUACUAGAGAGGAUAAUGCCGGGACCUAAAACAUUAGUGGAACCCAGAGAGAUGUCAUAGGUCAGUUCACCUUUAAGAUAACUUUUAGUAUGUAAGAGAAUGGCCACUUCUAAGCAACUUUUCACUUGGUCUCCAUUAUUUAUUCUAUAUAGUUUUUAAUGACUUGCCUUCUUCUUCUGACUUUUGGCUACAAAUAAUACCCCAACCCCCCUCCCCGGUGUGUACUUUUUUUCUUCAAGAUGCAACACGAUUGGGGCCAGUAGAGGAGGUCAGGGAGCAGCAUGGAGAGUGGGUCUGGGUCGGCAGGGCUCACUGGGUUUUUUCUCUGUGUCCCGCUGGCACAGUCCAACCCUGUCUACCCAGCUAAAGUAAACCCAGUCUGAUCAUCUUAGAUCUAAAUCAAACCAAACUGAAACAGGACAGAUGGUCAAGCGUUAGAUACAAUUCUAAAUAAAAUAAUACUUGCAAAUGGCCUGUUUUCUUGGAAACCUUUAUUAGGAUUUGUAUUUAAAAUAAUCUGUUACACAUCCUAUGUCUGCCAUGAAGUUAAAUGCAUAUAUUAGUCUUUUAAAAGCCAGAUGUUUACAGUGGGUAAAUAUUGCCCUUGCAGAGACCUCUAGAAGACAUGGGAAAGGAGCUUUUCACAUAAAUGGGGUUCUGAAUAUCGGGAUGUGUUCACAAUAUAUGCUUAUAUUAAUAUAUAUAUACAUAUGGCUGUAUGAUAUAUUUAUGGGUUGAAAAUAUUUAACAGUAAUAGUAUUAAAUACAUUUUAUGUCCAUAAGAAUAUGGCAAAUACAGCAAAGGAUUUUCAUGUAUAAUGUAAUAUAAGAUUUGACAGAUGCAAAGAGAUGGAGAGAUUUAUAUAAAUAAAAUCUGUGCAUUGGGCUGGAA